AUGAAAAGUUUUAGUGGCGUCGUGAAAACUACAAAAUAUUUAACUGUCAUUAUCGUAUUCAUAAUAUGUAACUUUGCAACUAAUACAACACAUGUGGACAUUUUUAAACGUAAUGAUACUCAUACAACAAGUUGUAAUUCUGAUCCAAUCAAGAUAAUAUUACGAAAAUUUUAUGAAAAUAUUGUUGAUCGUGCAAACAGUACGCAAAAGUCAACUGACAAUGUAUUAUCUCAAUGUGUAACACAACUACCUGAUGCUUCAUUUGAAAAUCUAAAUAUUCACCGAGAAGUUGUGAAAACUCCAUGUUUAUCAAUAUUAUCUGAUUUAAGUUCAACAAAACAUUUUUCAUUUUUAGCUGAAUUAGAUUCAACAGUUGCUAAAGCAAUUCGUGUAUUUAGACGAAAAAAUAUUUUACAAAUAAUUCCAUUAAAUCUAACUGAUACAGGCCCGUAG